AUGGACGGUGACGAAGAAAUUGAUACACUGGUGGACCCAUCAAAGCCAUAUUUUAGUGAAGACCCUGGCUAUCUUUUCUUCAAUUUGUCAAAUGUUCACCAAGCAUUUCAAGAAGGACAUAAUUGUAUAAUGGUACUUGGUCAGAGAGGGGACAUACAGCUUCCUAUGGAUUUGUUAUACCUGUAGAGACAGGCCAAGUUCUUGAUUAUGGUUUCGGUCAAAGAUUUGUACUUCGUGUAACGAACAAAAGGCAGAUAAGGAUUCGGAUGAUAUACAAGGUGUGGCAUGAUAAGCUAUUCCCCAAACCAGAAUGAAAGCCUGAAUGGAAUAGUCUGGUCUAAAGCACCAAAGCACAAGUAUAAGGGUCCAAAGGGCAAUCAAAAUGGUUCGGUACAGGGUCUGCUGUACUCCAAUUUGACAGCGGUUCGAAGGCGCGGCACGAGAUGAUGAAGGUGGCAAAAUCCCGUCUGGCAGGUUUACUGAAGAAGCAAGAGCCAGUAUGGACGAGAAGAGAAUAGCCUCUUCAAAAAGGAAAGCAAGCUUGGUAGAAAAAAGGAAAAGAAUUGCACAAAGACAAGCAAAGCUUGUUAGAGAACUGGAAACACGUGACGAUGAAGGUGGCCCAUUCUAUAGCAGCGAUGCGUUUAGUGAAGGGCGUUGCCGGGACUAA